AACAAACCCCGCUGUUCUCUGGUGUUUACAUCCAGUCCAGAGAACUUUAAUCACUCAACAUGUCUGCCUCCAUAGCGAGAGCGACUGUGAAGGCGGUCAGUAGACGAAAAAUUUUGCCGACAAGAGCCGCUUUGACACUGACACCUUCAGCUGUGAAUAAAAUCAAGGUACUUUUACAGGGUAAACCUGAAUAUAUUGGGCUUAAGGUUGGUGUUCGGACCAGAGGUUGCAAUGGCCUCACCUACACCCUUGACUAUACAAAACAAAAGGACAACUCCGAUGAGGAAGUGUUACAAGAUGGUGUGAGAGUUUUCAUUGAGAAGAAGGCUCAGCUGACCUUGUUGGGCACAGAGAUGGAUUUUGUAGAGACGAAACUGUCCAGUGAGUUUGUGUUCAAUAAUCCUAACAUCAAAGGAACGUGUGGCUGCGGGGAAAGCUUCAACAUCUGAAACUCUUUGCAUGCUGAGCUACACAUGGAGCCCCCUUUCCUUUCCUGCCAUGUAUUGUCCUGCAGGACAAACCCAGCCCCAUUCCCAGAACCAACAUCAAGUACCACAUUGUUGCCUAAAUGGCAGUAAAAGACUGGAGAGAUAGACUAAGUGGAAAUAAAAAAAAAAAAAAAAACAGAGCUCAAUGCAAGUCACCAAACUCCGUUGGGCUAUGCUUGGUUUUGAUGUUGAGGGACAGAAGAUCAUUUUCAGACGUUUUGGUUGCAGCACAGGAAGCUGAGGUCCAGUCGUGUGUAAAGAAUAAAUAAUGUGCUCUGUGGGUCAGUAUUUAUUUUCUUGUCCAUAACAUGUGAAGCUAUAGCUGUUGAUAUAAUAUCAUUAUUUAGUUUUAGGAAGAUUCUGACAUGCAGUGCUCAGUGUGUAUCGUAUGCUUCAUUGAGGCCAUCAUAAUAGAAAUUGGGCUGUGGCAGUAAUGAGAAAGAGACCGUACUUGGCCCCCUUUUACAACAGUUAAGACAUUUACUCGAGCCACAAUUCAAUUUGGUGUUGAGCUAGGCACUUCUUCAUUAGGUGUCCACAGGCUUUGUAGUGCUGCAUUUACAUAUUGUUGUCCAUCUGCUUAUCGGCAUAAUUUGUAAACAUUACAAAUUAUUGCAGGUAUUAUUUGGGUAGUGGGUUAUUCUUAGCACUGCAGUGACACUAACAUGGUAGUGAUAUGCUAAUGUCCGUUACACUGCUAGGCCUGUUACAUGAGAUUUUAACUGACCAAUACCUGCUGUAUACAUAGAUGCAUUUACCAGUUUGUCUUUUUUUGUGCAUUGUAUGCAUCCUUUAAGUACAAGUGGUCAGACUGGCUGGCUGUCAAUACUGUCAAACAACUCCCAACUUACAAUAGAGCUUCAUCUCAAACAAACAGUACUCACUGCUGCCCUCUGUAGGUGUUACAGCACUGGUCAGAAGUUCUUGUAAGAUCCAGAGCACCCUUAAGUGAUGUGUUUAGUUGAUUUUCUAAGUGGAAAUAAAUUUCAUUUUCUGCAGGGAACAAAGUUUCCAAUGCAUUUUAACUACAAUUUAUUUGCUGAUUUUAAUAUAGGACAUAAAAUGAAACCCAAAAUGUGGCCUGUGCAAAAGUUGUGGCACAUUUUAUAUUUUGUCAUAUUUUUUUCCAGUAAAAAAAAUGCCAUACCUAUAUUUGUGUUCUGUGGAGGAUGUGUUCACUUAUUUUCACUUUCUUCUACAGGGCUGUUCAGACUUUUAUUGAAGGUAGUUAUUUAAGGAGUCACCUUACAUCAUUAUAAUAUCAAAUAAAUGUGAUUAGAUAAUGUAAUAAUUACCAGGCCUGUCUGUAAUGAGUGGAUUAGACAGCAGUGUACGUUCAUUGUCCACUCUGCAAGCUCCAUUGCUGCACAGUUUGUGGUAGUCAUCCUCUAGUUGUUCAUCGGUGGUUGCAGGUUGCUGUUAGCAGAAUGUUUAUGUUUGGUGGACUAUUCUCAGUUGAGCUGUGACACACUUGUUUAAAAGCUCUAGUAGUACUGCUUUGUAGCAUGUCGGUGUCACUGCAGUGCAGCGAAUGAUUGCUGCUCAGCGGUGGUUGUGUGGGUGUCCUGACAAAUGGUGAAUGGGGUAAAGGAGGGUUAAGAUAUUUAGAGAAAGAGAUGGACUACACUCUGUAACUCUAGAACGGCAGUGUGCAUAUAUAUAGUAAAUGGACCUCAUAAAAUACAGUACGAUGUAGGUGUCCCUAAUAAAGCAGCCAGAGUGUGUAUUUUGUUUUCCAGUUAAAGCAUUUCACAGUUGUCCUGGAAAAUAACAAGCCAAACAAUGCUUCAUCCACAUAAACCUGUUUUUAGAGGCAGGUAAGUGUCGUGCACUUCACUGCCUAUAAAGAGUAAUGUAAAUCUGCUUAGGUUCUCAUAGAGGUUAAUAAAGUAAUGAUUUGAGUUGGAUGUGUGCUGUUUCUGGAACUCGGCACAGGAAGAGCUUAUUAAGAGCUUUUAAAGAGUCUAUGUAAAAUCCCAUCUGUGGUUGUGAAAACUGAGGAUGCUGUGUGUGUAUAUAGAAAGAAUGUAAACUCUGUCUUUUAACGCACAAUAAAUGUACAGUCAUAUGCAUAAA